UACACAAACAGGGAAGUAGAGAUUUCUUCGUUGAUCUCUGGAUUAAAGCCAAGACAAUAACCUAUAUAUAUAAGACGGAGCUAGUUAUUUGUAAGACUUUGCCAUCAUGGAGAACUGGCUCGGUUUAUGCCUUGUGCUGCUCAGCGUUACCUGUUCCUGCGAAGCUGUUGGAAACUGCUCUGUUCCAGACACCAUGAAGUCUUCUGUCACCAACCUGGCCAUCAACAUGGGUCGUAACGUGGGGCCAUGUGUCCCCCCCGAUCCUUGUGUUCUUCUGGCACUGAACCUGGGACAGGUCAAGGACCAUACAGCAGAAGACAUCCUGAUUGAACUGUUGAAGAAAGAUGCUGUGGACAAAGUGUCAAACAAAAAAUACUUCUCCUCUGGGAAAGUGGCCCUUUAUGUUAUGGCUCUUCGCUCUUCGUGUGUCGAUCCCAGCAACAUCUCUGUUCCGGGAGGAAGCGCUGACCUUGUCCAAGUUCUGGAGACCAAAACUCAUAGAGAGCUUCAAGCUUUUGAAAAAAAACAGUCAUCACCAUCCGUACUAACCACCUGGUACCAAGUCGGUCUUGACGUUCUCGGUCUCUGCAUCAUGUCCAAACCUUAUGCUAUUUCAGCAGCACACAUUCUGGCCAAAAACAUUUCGCCAAGCAAUUGUGGUUCAGUAGACACAGCGGCUGUAGUGACGAUGGGGUUGGUGUGUGUGCUUGGCAUGGAAAAUGUCCCUGAAAAGACGCUCAAAUCAGUGAAUAAAACUCUUUCUGAUCUCCUGGUGUAUAUAGUGAGCCAACAGAAUGAUGGACUCAUCGGCAAUGCUUACAGCACAGGCCUAGCUGGACAGGCUUUAUUAGCUACACAGGCGUAUUACUCCUUGGACUCCUGGGAUUGCCCUAGAACGAUACAGAAAGUGAUUGGACUAAUACCCCAGAAGACAUACUCCUUGCCCAUCGCUGCCGCCCAACUGCUGCCUUUCCUUUGGGGUGAAAGCUAUGUCUCUGUGAAAAGUCUGCCAUGUCCAGACAAUGAUGUUCGCUCUAUCUCGGUGGAAUUCUCCAUUGUGAAUGACUUAAUAGGGAACCAUUUUAAGUAUUCCAUCAUUGUAGAGGUGAGAGAAGGGUCCACUCUACUGCAGGUCAUGGAAAAAGCUGCUGAAGUGAACUCCAAGGAAUUCAGCUUUACGACACAAACUUCCUCUUGGGGAGUUUUUAUUACAUCCAUUAACCACCUUGCUGGAAACUCUAAUGAUAAAACAUACUGGCAAUUCUUCAGUGGUAUAAGUCCAUUGGAAAAGGGUGUCAGGCAGCUCCUGGGGAACAUUGAUAUGAACGCUAUUAAUAAAUGUAAGUGA